GUGGUGCACCGGUUUGCACUUCGGCCGGCGGAAUCGGAAGAAGUCAUCGCCGGCAUGGGCCGCAAGAAGAAGGAGCGGCGCGAUGGGAAUGCGAAGCUCCGGAGAGUCGUGUGUUUUGACGAGAAGGAUCGACGGGAGUUCUUGACAGGGUUUCACAAACGUAAGGUUGAAAGGAGGAAAGCAGCUGUGGAGGAAAUAAAGCGCAAAUUGAAGGAAGAAGAAAAGAAGAUGAAAGAAGAGAGACAUAAAGAAUACAUGAAGAUGUUGAAGGAGAGAGAAGAAGCCUUAGUACUACCAUCAGUGACCUGGACCUUUCUGGUGAUCGUGUGCUGGGGCUAAAUGAGAAAGAAAAUACUGACCUGGAAGCAGAAGACACCUUGAAUACAUGUACAUUGCCUAAGAAAGCUAGAGAUCCUCUUCUGUCUGAGAGAAUUUCUUCCCUCACUGCUUCUCUGCAUUCCCGUAGUCAGAAAAAGAGGAAAAGAAAACAGAUCAACCACAAACAAGGAGUAAAGAACAGAGGCCAAAAGAUAACAGGACGAACAAGCAAGACCCAGCGCCGGAAAAUGACAGGCAAAAGGAGACAUGUCCAAGACUGAAAGGCUGACUUGGACCGUUAAACUGCUAAUUGGCUUGGAGAACACAGUCUUCUGCUCAGGAUUGCAGAAGAGAGGUGAUAGUUGGUAUUCCAGGAACUAAGAAAUGUUGAGCCUGUACAAGCAAGACUAAUCUUGGUUUGUGUAGGUCUCCUGCUGGGAAAGACCUCUCUCAUUACCUUCCCUUAUUUCGGUGGACAAAGACUUUUUUUUUCAGAGAUAAAUUAAAUCCCUGAUUAAUAUCAUGUUUCCCAAGAUUGGGGAAGGCCACAUUUAUAAUUGUAUUCUGGUUCUUAUCUCCAUACAAUAUCAUUUCAUGUAUUGGAUUCAGAAAUAAAAACAGGUA